AUGAGGAAAAGCAAGGUGAGCACCUUAGACAGAAAAACGGAAAUGGAAUAUGCAACUGAACACCUUUCUUUCGUUCUGGUUUUCAACCAAGAAUCUACUGUUGCAGCAUUAGUAGUAGCAGUCUUUAAUUCACCUUUGUCAGCAAGUCGUCAAGGAGUAUUAAAGCAAGUGCAAACAGCUGCCAGCCUAUGGGAUGCAUACUCAGGCCUGUUAAGUAAUCAAGCCAUGAUCCUGGCCAUGAACUCCAGCUUCGUGGAUCCCUUAUUGCAAUAUGAAACUCAGCUGAAGAUAGUAGAGUUGUCCUUCAAAAUGGCAUUUGCUAUACCAAGUCUUGACAAAGUGAAAGAAAUUGGGAAGAAUGAGGAUGACCAAGAGGACCUGGAGAAUUUAUACCGAACUAUUUUAAACAUAUUUGAGGACACUCUUCUGAUCUUAGUGUCUAAAGACCUCUACAAACUGCAAAUCUUAAAGGAAAUGGCUGUGUGGAUGAGUGAAGAUAAUUUGUACAUGCAGGAGAGAGCCAUGGUGAUCAUCAGCAGAGUGCUAAGCUUUGCAUCCAGGAAAGUCAAGGGAUGUACAAGUGUUGAUGUUCCAUGUUUGGGUGUCCUGGCAGCAGAACUGUCUCUUUUGUGUUCCCAUGCUGAUCCCUCGAUCACACAACAAGCAUCCUUGGGAAUGUAUCACCUCCUCUGCAUUGCAAAGUGUCAGAAUGCGGAUAUUGCAAAAAAUAAAAGUACAAAGUAUGAUAAGCCUGGAAGUCAUUGCUUCCUGCCUUCUCCCUCUGAUAUAGAAUUUCUACCCAAGAUCUUGCAAAGAGACAAAAGUAAAAUUGCUCAGAGUGUAGGACAAACCUUAUUGCCACGCUUGCUAACUGACUUUGUGUGGAGUCUCCUGAUGAAACUCUCUGCACCUGAUCAAACAACUGCAUCCGAGGCAGCAACCAUACUGAAACUGACUCUGGAAUAUUAUGCCCAUAAGGUCACCAUGGUGUCUAAAAUUGUGGAUGUUAUUUAUAAACAAUUGUGUGGAAAUGCUUCUCCCAUUUUGAAGCAAGUUAUGUUGAGGGUCAUUACCUUGUUGACACGUACUUCACCAAAGAAGGUCAUCUUUCAACUUACGGACUACCCAGUCCCAGCAGACAACACUCUGAUGCUGAUGUGGCAGGCGGCUGGUUCUGAGUCAAGUGUGGCUCCACUUGUGCUGAAGACAAUCUUGUUGAUACUGAAAGGAAAGCCUGGGACAAUGGAAGACAGAAAAACGGAAAGAAGACAUUUCUCUCUUGACACUACUAACAUGAUGCCCGUGGCGGCAUCCCAGGCCCUGUGCACAUUGCUGCCUAUUGGUUCUUACAAGAAAGCGGUGGCCCAGUUUUUCCCCCAGCUCUUGAUGGCCCUCAUGCUUCAACUCUAUUACACUAGCAACCUGAGACUGAUGACAGAGGACAGGACUUUCUAUGCUCGAGAUGCACUGAGAGUUCUGCUGAAUUGUUCUGGACUGCAACAAGUGGAUAUUGCUCUAAAGAGAAAGAAUUGUUGGAACCAGUUUUCCCAAGCACUGUUUCACCAUCAUGGAGUCUACCUUGUUGCCAAAACUCUCAGUGACUAUAACUUUCCACAGUUUCCAGACACCUUGCAUUAUCUCUAUAAGCUCUCAGUGGAAGGUCCUAGAAGGCCAGAAGACAACGUCAUCACAAUAAUAUUCCUCACUGAACUUCUCAAUAAUUUCUUCAAGGACCCAUUCCCAGAAGAAUUUUUGGUUCUCUUCAGAAACUGGGUCAAUGACUCUGAUCCUGCAGUUAGCAAACUGAGCCUUCAGAAGAUUGCCAGCAUGGCACCGGUUAUCAACGAGAUAGAAAAUGUCUGCAGCUUAUUAAUAGCCAUCCUGGAUGCCUUCCUUUCCCAAGACAAGACUGUUGUAAUUCGGGCCUUGAUGACCCUUCGAAGACUUUUAGGCAAACUGGACAAGGUGACCUACUCCUCCCUGUGUACCAGAAUUGCUUGCAGCUACUGUUCUUUGAUGGAUCAUAGUAAUGGAGGCAUUCGGAGUAUGGCCAUUCGACACUUUGGUGAGUUACUCAGGGACAUGAGUCAGUACACGUGGAUGCUGAAUGAUGUGGUUUUCGGAGGCUUGGUGCCUCUGAUUCUGUUUCUGGAAGAUACAGAGGCAAGAGUAGUUAAAGCAUGUAAAUAUACAUUAGAAAUCUGUGCCUCAGAAUUAAAAUGGGCAACAUCAUAUUUGCUCAAGGAUGAACAUUACAGUUUUGAGCUGGUAGUGCUCAACAUCUGUAACAAUCUUCUUAUUUCUCAUCAGAAAUAUGUUAUAGAUUUGAUAGCUGAUACCUUAGGAUUCCUGAGGAGUUCCAGAACAUAUCUGAGAAGAGGAUCAGUUAUUUUAAUAGGGUACUUGGCAAAAUUGGGUGGCCAUUUACUGCUCAGAGAUGAAAUUCAAGUCAUGCUUGAGGCUAUUGACCCAGUGCUUGGGGAUGAAGAUCCUGUGAUCAGGGAGUUUGCAAAAAUAACAAACACAAUUUUUAUGGAAACAGCCCAUAGACUGACCUCCUCAAAUAUUAAACAAAGCUUCCGAAGACUGUUUAACUUAAUCUACAUCAAAAAAUUGAAGCCUCUUUAUAAUUAUAACCUUCCCAAGGACCUGACAGGCAGUCCUAUGGGGAUUAAAGAAACCAAGAAUGAUAAGGAAGCCAUUACAGACAAUAAUUAUGAAGACGUAUUGGUAAAGAACAAAGAUGUAUCGGUAAAGAAUGCAAGGUUCACGAGUGCCUUGGAGCACACCUCCGAAGAGGAAUGA